CUCUUCCUCCCCGACCAACGCCGACCGUCGACCAGAACAACACCACCGUCCCUCGACAACCACCACCUCAAACAAAUCAAAAUGGGUCGUCUUCACUCCAAGGGAAAGGGCAUUGCGUCCUCCGCUCUCCCCUACUCUCGCACUCCCCCGACCUGGUUCAAGGCCUCCACCGACCAGGUUGUUGACCAGAUCUGCAAGCUCGCCAAGAAGGGUGCUACCCCCUCCCAGAUCGGUGUUGUUCUCCGUGACUCCCACGGUGUUGCCCAGGUCAAGACUGUCACUGGUAACAAGAUCCUCCGUAUCUUGAAGUCCAACGGUCUCGCCCCCGAGCUCCCCGAGGACCUGUACCACCUCAUCAAGAAGGCCGUCGCCGUCCGCAAGCACCUCGAGCGCAACCGCAAGGACAAGGACUCCAAGUUCCGCCUGAUUCUCAUCGAGUCCCGUAUCCACCGUCUGUCCCGCUACUACAAGUCCGUCGGUGUCCUCCCCCCCACCUGGCGUUACGAGUCCGCCACCGCCUCCACCCUGGUUGCUUAGACGUGACGCGCAGUGCCACGAGCGAAAGCUCGAGUUCUGUGUCUGUUUGUCUGGUUCGACGGGCGUGGCCGUGGGCUCCUCGACUGUCGUCGUGCUGUUGGCCUGGGUCAUGGCGUAGCUGCAGCCUGGAAGGGUUGCCGUCUGCCCAUGUCUCCGCUGUUGCAGGGCGAUGGGAGGGGAA